UCGCUCCUAGCUGCCUCUGCCGCUCCCCCUUUCGUUUGAAAGCCCGCCCCGGAGGAGGGGCCGGCUCCGCCCCACCUCCGCGCCGCCGCCCUCCCCCUUCCCCGGCUGUCCUCGGACCGCGCGCCCCCUCCUCCCUCUCCUCCUCCCUCCCCUCCUCCUCCAUCCCUCCCCCACCCCGUUAGUGCGCCCCUCCCGCUGCGACUGGCUGGAAGGCUCGGCCGCCCGGGCCCCGAAAGGGAGGCGGGGGCGCUAGCAGCGGUGGCACCCAAGGCUGCAGAGGGGAGCGCGAUCCGAGGCCCCGAGGCGGCCCUGCGUCUGGACCUGGCACGCGGGGGCUGCCUCUGCACCCCCACCCAGGGCCGCGGUGCCUGGCCUCGCCACGGGGUGGAGGAGGUGCUUAUGCCGCUGAGCUAAAUCUCCAGCCACCCAUCCUAGAUGGGCCCUAGUCAACCAGAGUGUGUCUCUUUCUUGCUGGACCUGACUGAGGCUACAGGAAAGAUCACACUGCCAACAUCCUGCCAUUUUCCUAUAUGUCUCCCAGAGGUCCAGUCUUCAUAGCCACCUCAGCCCUGGCCACAGCCGCCCUGAUCCUUCCUGAUCCCGCAGCGGGGCUCACCCGCAGCCGCCCAUGAGCGCCCCCGGCUGACCAGCGGAGGCCGCGGUGGAGCCGGCACACCGCGGGGGCAGCGGGGCCAUGGCCUCGCUGGACCUGCCCUACCGCUGCCCCCGCUGCGGGGAGCACAAGCGCUUCCGAAGCCUAUCGUCGCUGCGCGCGCACCUGGAGUACAGCCACACGUAUGAGACACUGUACAUCCUCUCCAAGACCAACAGCAUAUGCGAUGGAGCCGCAGCUGCUGCAGCUGCCGCCGCAGCGGCCUCAGGAUUUCCCCUGGCGCCCGAGCCCGCCGCCCUGCUGGCCGUACCCGGUGCCCGGCGCGAGGUCUUCGAGAGCACGUCCUUCCAGGGCAAAGAGCAGACGGCUGGGCCGGCACCCGCCACACCACACCUGCUGCACCACCACCACCAUCACGCGCCCCUCGCCCACUUUCCCGGCGACCUGGUGCCCGCCAGCCUGCCCUGCGAGGAACUGGGCGAACCAGGCCUCGUGCCCGCCGCUGCCGCGCGCUAUGCGCUGCGCGAGAUCGAGAUCCCCCUGGGGGAGCUGUUCGCCCGCAAGUCCGUGGCGUCCUCGGCUUGCUCCACACCACCGCCCGGGCCUGGCCCUGGCUCAUGCUCUGGGCCCGCUUCCGCCUCGCCGGCGUCCCCCUCGCCCGCCGAUGUGGCGUACGAGGAGGGCCUGGCGCGCCUCAAGAUCCGUGCACUGGAGAAGCUUGAGGUGGACCGGCGGCUGGAGCGGCUGAGCGAGGAGGUGGAGCAGAAGAUCGCGGGCCAGGUGGGCCGACUGCAGGCAGAACUGGAGCGCAAGGCCGCCGAGCUGGAGACGGCUCGGCAAGAGAGCGCGCGGCUGGGACGCGAGAAGGAGGAGCUGGAGGAGCGUGCGUCCGAGCUCUCGCGCCAGGUGGACGUGAGCGUGGAGCUGCUGGCCUCCCUCAAGCAGGACCUGGUGCACAAGGAGCAGGAACUGAACCGCAAGCAGCAGGAGGUGGUGCAGAUCGAUCAGUUCCUGAAGGAGACGGCGGCACGGGAGGCAAGUGCCAAGCUGCGACUGCAGCAGUUCAUCGAGGAGCUCCUGGAACGCGCUGACCGCGCUGAGCGGCAGCUGCAGGUCAUCAGCAGCAGCUGUGGCAGCACACCCAGCGCCAGCCUGGGGCGUGGAGGUGGGGGCAGUGGCGCAGGGCCUGGGGCCCGGGGCCCAGGCAGAAUGCGAGAACACCAUGCAGGCCCAGCCAUGCCUAGCACAUACGCAGUGUCACGGCAUGGCUCCUCUCCCAGCACAGGGGCUUCCAGCCGUGUGCCAGCCGCGUCCCAGAGUUCAGGCUGCUAUGACAGUGACAGUCUGGAGCUGCCCCGGCAAGAGGAAGGGGCCCCUGAGGACAGUGGCCCUGGGGGCUUGGGCUCACGGCCCCAAGCUACCAAUGGUGGCUCAGAGCGGGCCCAGCCUCCUCGCAGCUCAGGCCUGCGGCGCCAGGCCAUCCAGAAUUGGCAGCGCAGACCCCGCCGACACAGUACUGAGGGUGAAGAGGGUGAUGUCUCAGACGUGGGCUCCCGAACCACUGAGUCAGAGGCCGAGGGCCCCUCAGAUGUCCCUCGCUCGGGGCCUGCAGCAGCCGGGCCGCUGAGCAGCUGCAGGCUGUCAGCCCGCCCUGAGGGAGGCAGUGGGCGAGGCAGGCGAGCUGAGAGGAGUAGUCCUUCGUGCUCCAACGAGGUCAUCAGCCCAGAGAUCCUCAAGAUGCGAGCUGCCCUGUUCUGCAUCUUCACCUACCUGGACACACGCACACUCCUGCAUGCGGCUGAGGUUUGCCGGGACUGGCGCUUUGUGGCCCGACACCCUGCCGUCUGGACAAGGGUGCUGCUCGAGAAUGCCCGAGUCUGUUCCAAGUUCCUGGCAAUGCUGGCUCAGUGGUGUACCCAGGCCCACUCACUGACACUCCAGAACCUUAAGCCCCGACAGCGGGGAAAGAAAGAGAGCAAGGAGGAGUAUGCCCGCAGCACCCGGGGCUGCCUUGAAGCAGGGCUGGAGUCCUUGCUAAAGGCAGCAGGGGGGAACCUGCUGAUCCUGCGCAUCUCCCACUGUCCCAACAUCCUCACUGACCGUUCACUCUGGCUGGCCAGCUGCUACUGCCGUGCCUUGCAGGCCGUUACCUACAGGAGUGCCACAGACCCCGUGGGCCAUGAGGUCAUUUGGGCCCUGGGUGCAGGUUGCAGAGAGAUCGUCUCCCUCCAGGUGGCACCUCUUCACCCCUGCCAGCAGCCUACUCGCUUCAGUAACCGCUGCCUGCAGAUGAUUGGUCGCUGUUGGCCUCACCUCCGGGCCCUGGGGGUUGGGGGCGCCGGUUGUGGGGUGCAGGGCCUGGCAUCACUUGCAAGAAACUGUAUGCGGCUGCAGGUCUUAGAGCUGGACCACGUGUCAGAGAUCACCCAGGAGGUGGCAGCUGAGGUCUGCCGAGAAGGCCUGAAGGGACUGGAGAUGCUAGUGCUCACGGCCACCCCUGUCACCCCUAAGGCCCUGUUGCAUUUCAACAGCAUUUGCCGGAACCUCAAGUCCAUUGUGGUCCAGAUUGGGAUUGCUGAUUAUUUCAAGGAGCCCAGCAGCCCUGAGGCCCAGAAGCUGUUUGAGGAUAUGGUGACAAAACUCCAGGCCCUGCGACGGAGGCCCGGCUUCUCUAAGAUCCUGCACAUCAAGGUGGAAGGUGGCUGCUAACCCGGGUGGGGGCGGCAGGGCCCCUGCCAGCCCCAUACCAAGGCGCUGUUUGGACUCCAGAGGGACCUUGGUUGGACUAGACCUUCGGUGGCCUAGUGUUACUCCAGCUUCCAGGGAAGGGUUGAAUGUCCUAUCCUUCUGGAACAGUGGAGCUACAGGCCUGAUUGAGGACACUGCCUCCCAGGGGCAGGGGCUUGGACAGAAGGUGCCCUCCAACCUCCACCUAUUCCCAGCUGGAGCAGCUUUCUGGUACAGCCACAGAGGAGCUGUCACCACCAGCACCUGGUGUCAUCGUCUGGAGGAUCUGCAAUAACCACCCAGAGGCUCCUCAGCUACUUAGGCAGGCCUUAUCCUCCUGGGGCCUUGCUGUGUGGUCAGGGGCUCCAUGAGACAGGUCAGACUUGGCAAGGAGGGCUCUCUUCCAUCUACCUGUCCCAGCCCACUGUGCGACACCCGCUUCAGACAGCUCACUACACCUCUGGGUCCACAUUCUCCAGGGUUACCAAGCAGGCCUAGGGCACUGUGGUCAGCUGAAGGCCUAAGGUGGGUCCUCAGUGGGUGGGCUUGAAGGGGAAAGUGUCAUCCAGAAUUUCUCCCCAGGAUGAGAGCAAUCCUCUCAAAGGGUGAAGGGAACUUCUACGGGAGAAAACUUACUACUAUAGACAAGACUUCCUCCCCACCACCACGUACACCACCACACCAGAGCUAAAUUCAGAGCUAAGAGGUGCAUGUUUCUGAAUCUACCAUUCAUCCCCAAGGGACCUAAAGGAGGGUCAGGCCCCACCCCUGGGAGGCCCUGUCUGCAAUGAGAAGGAAUUUCCUUCUAAUCCAGGUGCUUCGGCAGGAAGCCAUGGCCUUUAGGUCCUCAAGGUUGUCUGAAAGGGAGUACUGCACUGCCCACUCAGCUGGGGCCUGUAGGGUGAUUUUCUUUGCUUCCUUAUCUAGUUAGCUUGCUGAAGAUGUGGCUGUGGCCAAGGAAGAGGCUCCUCAGCUGACUUCCCCCCUUCUUCAGGCUCCAUCUGCCAAGGGUUGAGGCUGCAUGAGGUCUUUACCUCGGGGUUUAGAAGCCACAGAACGCCAGUGGGGGUUUUCACUGGCCCCUUUGCACAGUGCCCAAAAGACAAAGUUCUGGCACCAAGGCUCCAAAGACUGAGACCGUGCUCAGAGACCCGACCCCAUUCUCAGAACUCCCACAGUGACUCGGAAGCCCAGGGUCAUGCCAGCCUUCACUUGGACAGUCACUUCAACAUCUUACCUAGUAGGGUUUGUUUCCCUUGCUCCUGUACACGAUCAGGCUGCAUCCCUGGCCAUAGGCUGCUGGUCCUGGCAGGAGUUGGGAUCCUCUCCAGGGACCCAUCUCUACCAAAACCUAGCCUGGAAUCAAAACCCAGCCCUGGUUACCUUGUACCAAGUUGUCCAGUGCCACUCGCUCUGGGUCUCAGCAAUGCACCCAGCUCCCCUAGCGCUCUUCAUCAUUGAUCUGACUUUUCUUUCCGUGGCUGGUUCUACCCCUGCCCUUUAAGACCUGAAAUGCCAAGGAUGGUACAUUGGCAACUCCCUGACCUGUCUUACAUGAAUCUUGGGCCUCUGGCACCCCUACCCCUCCCCCUACAGCUGUCUCCAUCAGUUCCCACCUCCCCACUCCCCAAUAGUCACAGGAAAGAACAGCAGCACAAUUCCUCUCCUCCAGGGGCCUGAAAGGAAGGUGGAGAGCCACAGAACCUGGGUGUGUCUGUCUUUUAUUGCCAACUGCACUCCUGCAGCCCCUGCUCCCUCUGACCCAGGACCAGAGGUGCUGCCUUCCGUUUCCUGGAUAAAGCACAAAGGGAUGCCCUGUUUGACCUAAGCCCACCCAACUAAGGGAUUUUGGUUGCCUGAAUACAAAGCUCUAGGCAGUUUCUUCCUGGGUGGUACUCACUGGAGUGCCUGGUGUCAGUACUGGGGAAGGAGGGCAGCAGUCCAGGCAACCAACAGGUGGGGAGAUGUGGUGCUAAACGGACUGGUAUUGCCUCUUUAUGCAUUCUUUGAGAGCACUAGGGGUGGGAGACAGACCCCUCUCCUGCCAGGUGCAAGUGCGCCUCCCACAGGUCUCCCUCGUUCCACAAACCCAAGUUCACCUUUUAUCUUCAGGCUCUGAAUGAAGGCUAUGUGGGAGUGCAUGUUGCCUACCCCAAUGCCAGGUCACAGCUUCUCUUGUACCCCCACCCCCAGGCUGGCAAGUGUUCGUACACACUGGCCUUCACGCAUGCCCUUAGAACCAGCAGCUUCACAGCACCCACGUGAUGUUAUUCAUUUGCUCUCUCCCUACCGGGACGAGCCCUGCUGCUGAGUGGGAGCUUCUGCUUGCUGGGGUGCUCCAUUUACUUCCUUGGCAACCACAGAGCUAGCUGAGGAUGGGGAACUGGGACACAGAUCUUGACUUAUUUAGAAGCACCUCAUCCCAACUUCACCCAGUUGAGGCCCUUAUCCAAUACCUAGUAAGAUGCAAAAAAAUAAAAAAUCUGAGGACAAAUUAAAGCUCUGUCCAGGGACCUGUGGAACAAUCCCAUGGGUGACGGUCACUGGUAUCCCCACUACUAGUUAGUACCCCUGCCAUGCAACCCAACCCUGGCACCUAAAGUUUGGCCUGAGUACUUAAUGCCUCAGCCUGCUUCCCACAGCACUGGCAGGAAGCAGAGAUGUACACACAUAAAUCCCUGCAGGGAAAAAGACUGCCUAAACCCCUGCUUUCACUGGCUGAGACCACUGAGAUCACAGCCACUCACUUUUCUGCACCCUGUAAGCAGAGGUUGAGUCAGUUCCUCUGGAAUGGCUUCAAAAGGAAAAAAAGACUCCCUGUCAAAGCCUGCUGCUCCAGGGUUUGACUACGGUCCUUUGCCUUUGGGUUUUACCCACCCUCCUGGCCAUGGCCUCUGAGUUAUAGGAGAGGAGCUCCCUGGACCCCAAUCCCUCUAAGGCGCUAGGAUAAAGACCUUUCCAGAAUGAUUGUUGGUGCCAAAGACCCAGUUCCUGGCAAACCUGGAGUGGAAACUAUAGAUGGUGAGUUGGGUAUGGCCCAAGUGCCCAGAGGAGUUAUCUCCCACUGAUGGAUGGGAUCUGUCCCCACCUGCCAGUCCCGGAUGAACGUUAACUUCCCUCUCCCAGGGACCUGGCAACUCACUCCACCCCUAGUGGCCAUGCUUUCUCAUCCAGCCUUGUUCCAGGCCUGCAUUUCUGUAUAUAUUGCUGUGUACUGUGUGUAUGUAUUUAUUCCUGGACAAGUGUGCUCAUCUGUAGCCCUUGCCUGAGGAUAAGGUUUAGGAUUGGGUGAAAAAUCAGAUCACUAGGGCCUUCCUCCCUAAUUAGUCGGGACCUCAGCCAGUCCCAAGACUGCCCUGACAAUCAGGCAGGUGCCCCAUCAAAAGUCAAGCCUCUUUUGCCACCCCAGCAUGGAUCUUGUAUCCAGAGGAGAGGUCUGAGGUGAUCAGGCCUGCCUCAUGGCUAUUGCCAGGAGGCUUGGCUCUAAAGGGCACUGCUGGUGGGGACCUCCACAACUGGCUCUUAGGCUCCACCUUCCCCACAGCCAGGCUGCACAAGGGCCUGACCAUGAGUGGGUACUUCCCCCACCCCAAGCACAUGAGGCAGAGGGGUGGAGAACAGCUUUGGAUUUUACUUUUAUUUCUAAAGUGGUGCCUGUACCUCCAGCCCCCAGGGGGCCUUCCCUGGCCCCACUUCUCUGCCCCACCCAGGCAUUGCCAUCCCAGCACUUUGCUCUACAUUACCCAUUGAUGCCCUUUGCAGAAUGUACCUGACUAUAUGUAUUCAAAAAGGACACAUGGGCAUCAGAGAAUUUAUGGCUCUGUAUCCAAUAAAAGAUGGUGAAACUGGUAUAUCUGCCCCAGGAAAGUAAA